CUCGAUUAAAACUCACCGUAAGAUCUUAGAUGAUCAUUAACAUCCAACAAAUUUCACUUAUCAGGUCGUUGAUCGUAACAUUUCCGUUACAAAUUGAUUUUUGCAUGUGUAGCACGAAAAUAGCGUCCCGGGCGUCGCUGCGUACGCGCCGACAGUCGGGACACCAGCGCUGGACGCCUAACCCGUUCCCCCGUUCCGCCCUAGCACCAAAAUACAUCCGACAUUGCGUGAACUCUUAUCACAUCACCACUCCUUUUGGAUUACAGUGCAGUGAAAUUUAUGUUUGAACCGUGAUUAAAUUAAUCGGAAUGUGAUUUUGAUUUAUAUUUGUUUGGAUGAAGUCCAAGUGUAUUUGUGAACCGUAUAAGUGCAAGGUCUGCCCUUAAUUGUCUGCGUAAUCAAAAUGAGCUUUUAACUAGCCAUGAAUAACGGCACAAGGCGAGCCUUGACAGGCUCUAUCCACAAAAUCAGAGAAUUUGAGUUGGAAAAAGUGUGUUUGGUUGAGGAAUUUGACAUUCUGCAAAUAGUUGGUGAAGGAUGGUUUGGAAAAAUACUACUUGUGGAGCACCGAGCUUCAGAUACAGAAAUUGUACUGAAAGCCUUGCCAAAGCCUUAUGUGUCUAUACGAGACUUCUACAGAGAGUUCCAUUAUGGAUUGCACCUCAGUGCCCAUAAAAACAUAGUGACUACAUUUGAUGUUGCUUUUGAGACUGCCGGAUUUUACGUGUUCUGCCAGGAAUAUGCUCCUUUAGGUGACCUCACAUCGAAUAUGCUGGACACAGGAAUUGGAGAAACUCAUACAAAACGAGUAGCUAAACAGUUAGCUUCAGCAUUGGAACAUCUUCAUCAAAGAGAUUUGGUGCAUAGAGACGUAAAACUUGACAACGUUUUAAUAUUUAAAUCAGAUUUUUCACGAAUAAAACUUUGUGAUUUUGGAGAGACCAGAAAAGUAAAUUCCUUAGUCCGAAGAAGAAACGAAUGGCUGCCGUAUUCUCCUCCCGAAGUAUUAAAAUUACCCAUGGAUGCAAGUUACAAAGCGUUAAUAACACACGACGUUUGGCAAUUUGGAAUCGUUAUUUUCAUCUGCCUCACGGGUUGCUUGCCGUGGCAAAAGGCGGCUUUUGACGACCCACGGUACACAAGCUUUUACAAUUGGUAUAACAGUGCGAAUCCUUUAAAGAAACAACCAAAGUUAUGGAAAAUGGUGUCAUCAAGAGCCCAAAAAAUGUUUAAGAAGUUUGUAGAGCCCAGGGAAGACAGAAGAGCGACCAAUUUCCAAGAACUGUCUAGAUAUUAUGAUGAUCGAUGGAUGGCUAAAGGUUACACGGAUAGAGUUGCGGGAAGUGACAUAGAUGAACUCUGCCCGUCAAUGUAUAGUUUCCACAGCGAUGUCAAUGAAAAGAAUAUUCUUUUGAAACAUUUUCGAGACAAUGGUAUUGAGACAACGGUUGACCGUCAAGCAAAAAAACAAAGGAUACGUGAUUGGAUACAGAAUAGUGUCAUCGAAGAAGGCGAUGAAGAUGACGAAGAAAACCCCGAGCUGAUGUUUGACGAAGAAACUGAUGAAGAACUUCAAGAAACAUCGCGAGGACACCCGAUUGAUGAAAGUCACAGAGUUACAUUACGUUAUGAUACUGAAAAGCACAUAAAUCCUAGAACUGGUGAAGUAAUUGAAGGAGUUAAACCUCCACCUGAGAAAAACCCUCUUUCUUACGACGUUCAAAACAUUGAGCCUGUUGCGCCAGCAAAUGUCGUUCGCAGGUACGGGGUCAAAGAAGAAGGUUCAUCUCAUAGCUCCACAAAAGACAGCGCAUAUGGUUCAAUGGAAGGAAAAGUAAAUACGAGUUCUGCCACUUAUAGAGUAGAAAAUAAACACAUCACGAACGUAGAAAAAUCAUAUAAUAAUUCACCUAGUAGAUCAUUAAGUGGUUCAUCUAUACCAAAUCGAUCACCAAUGACCACCCACGCUCAAAGAAUUCAAAAAACUGAAGAGGUUUAUUCGAAAGAAAUCGAAAGCGCAAAAGGAAGCACAUCAACACUACAUUCCUUAGGAAAUUCAUCAAGAUCUAACAGCUUGCAAAUAUCACGCAACGGCUCUCUCGACAGUUCAUUAGUUCAAGCUAAUAACGUUCAACUUCAAAAUGAUAAUGUUAUUGCAGCUUCUAGGCCACACAACCCAGUCGUAACACAAAAUGGCUUCAGUCCUGGCCCGAGACAACAACAGACGAAAUCUCAAGCUUACGUAUCUAUGAAGGAAACUGCAUACGAUAUCGUGCGCAACGAACCUAGUUCUACGGCAGACAACACAAAUUUAACUCAAGCAUUAGUACCCGAUAGCCCGUACACUUCAAUGAUGAAUAUUGUUCAGGGCCAAAUUAAGAUUAGUCCACAUGGUAGUGAAACUAACCGAAAUGUAGUUAAUGUUUCAGUUACUAAUGUUAAUCGCAGUAAAAAUAAAUAAUUGCUCAAAGUGCAGUUGCUAUGAAUUGUUAUAAUUCAAGGAAGUGUAUUGUUUAAUACAGAAUCAUCCUUUAAAGUGGUUAAUCUACAAUUCUAAAUCAUUAAUAAAGAUCUAGUCAUUGUUAUUUAUUUUUCCCCUCACUGGCUCGGAAACACGCGUUUUGUCCUUUAAUACCAGCGGGUAAAAAUGCAUUUUAUCCACUAGUGGAUAAAGUAAUUUGACCUUGAAUAU